AUGGCCGGGUAGGAAUAUUAUACCUAAAGAUUAUAAAAUAAUUAGAAAAAAAUGUAUAUUUAUUUUUAUUGUUAUAUUAUUAUUUUAUAGAUAUAUAACUAAGAGAUUAAUGAAAACUACAAAAUGUGAAACAUGCCUUAUGAGUUUACAAACCAUUUAUGGAACAUUAUCAAAUUCAGCUGCUGAUUUAGUGAAUUUGAAAACAAAGGGAUUUUUGACCCAUUCAAAUCACUAUUUAUUCAAACUUUUGGAGUCAUUAGAAUUAAACUUUAUGAAACAUGCUGAAUAA